UUUCCCUGCCAAACCUGAUGUGUGGCUAAAGUUAGCCCCCCGUGGGCUAGUAUAUAAGGCCCCAAGGGUCCAAUACCUACAUGUCAGUCACAUCGGCUUUGGCGUAGGCUUCUCUUCUUGACCAACAACAACCCCACAAACUUGAGAGAUGGCACCCAAGAAAGCCAAGAGGAGGCAGCAGCAGGGUGAGGGUGGAUCCUCCAAUGUGUUCUCCAUGUUUGAGCAGAGCCAGAUCCAGGAGUACAAGGAGGCUUUCACAAUCAUCGACCAGAACAGAGAUGGCAUCAUCAGCAAGGACGACCUCAGGGACGUGCUGGCCACCAUGGGCCAACUGAAUGUGAAGAAUGAGGAGCUGGAGGCCAUGGUGAAGGAGGCCAGCGGCCCCAUCAACUUCACUGUCUUCCUGACCAUGUUCGGCGAGAAGCUGAAGGGUGCUGAUCCCGAGGACGUUAUUGUCAGCGCUUUCAAGGUCCUGGACCCUGAGGGCACUGGCGCCAUCAAGAAGGAAUUCCUUGAAGAGCUCCUGACCACCCAGUGCGACAGGUUCACCGCUGAGGAGAUGACCAACCUGUGGGCUGCUUUCCCCCCUGAUGUGGCUGGCAAUGUGGACUACAAGAACAUCUGCUACGUCAUCACACACGGAGAGGACAAGGAGGAGUAAAUCCCCCUCUCUCAAGAUCUCUACCUCCGUUCAAACCCAUACUUGCCGCACCAUCUACUCACUCCCCCUUCUCCGACGCCGUGGCUUCCUUGCACACUUUCGCGCCCCGGUCCACUCUUUUCACUUGCCAGCUCACUACAAAAAGACUUGUCUCCUUUAUCGAGAUAUUCAGUGAGAGGACUGGAGGCUGUGGGGGUGUUUGUGUGUGAGUACCAACAGGGGAACAUGGGAUUAUUUUCAAUAAAAAUAAUCUUGUGGCACUGAAA